AUGGAUAUGGCCUUCCUUACUUGGUUUCUGGAUGCUGAAGCAUUCGACAUCUCGAUGUAUCAAGUAGCUUCAUCUGCAAUCACCAGGAUUAAGGCCGGGUCUCGCCAUUGUUACAGUAGUGGUGGCACAUCUCGUCUGCGUCCUACCAUGCUGAAUGGCUAUGUCGGAUGUAUAUAUGCUAUCAAUUUCCCCGUAUUGAUUAGAUUAGCAUUUGCGGUAUACGGCGCAUACUUUGUGGUCUUCAUUCGUGGCGUUGUGGCUUGCGGAGGGCAAUGCAUUCAAACUAUGCUGCAGGCUAUCUGGCAAUCUUUCAAAAACUUCCCAAAUCAUAUUCUGGCCAGCCCACAUGUCAUGUCAGCACAAUUGCUAGGUUUCUCCCUCAUCAUCAGCAUCCAAUUACCGCUUCUUUGGCUGCACGUCUCCAAAUUGAGAUUCCUCUUCAUGGCAAAGACGGUUGCCAUGCCUCUCACUGCAUUAACACUGUUCGUAUGGACUUUUGUUGCAGCCACGGGAUUUGACCCAACCUUCAACAACGACACACACAUCACAGACGACACCCCUGCUAUCCUCGUCUUCUUCCAAUUUACGGUAACGUCAGCGUACCAACAAAUUUACGGUGUCACAACUUGGAAUCCACAUCGGGUUUCCAUCCUCUGGAAUAAUCAAGCAGCCCAAAUCUUCUCUGCACUUUGUUGGAUGUUUGUUGUAAUUGGGACAACCAUUUCGGCCAACUCGGUGUCAUUGGAGAAUGACAUCUCUCUCUGUGCUGCCUCAUUCUCUUCCUUCCUUGGCGGCUACGCAUUGUUCCUUGGUUUCCUUGCUGGUACUAUGAUGUCUGAGUUCUGGGUUCUGAGAAACAGACACCUGAAUCUCUUCUCAUUGUACAAGCGCCGAGAUAUCUACAGCUUCUUCCAUGGCUUCAAUAUCUGUGCAUUUGCGACGGGCAAUAAGAAUGUUCCAAAAGAGGCGACAUACAUUUAUAGCUUGAGCUGGUUGGCGGGGGCGAUUGUGGCUUUUGUGAUUUACACGAUUGCGGGCAAGAUCUGGCCUAUGGAGGAGAAGUUUGAGGUGGGACAGGUCAUGGAUGAUCUCCAUGCCUCGAGCCUCAACCAUAGUGACCAAGACGACAGGAAGGUGGUGGCGCAGGAUACAGCGAAGGGCUAUCAGAUGCGCUGCUCAUGA